AAACACUUUGAGCCUUCCUUAUUUCUCAGAGAGGAAGUAUGUGGCCUGUUUGGCAAAUGCUGCUCUACAUGACAGCGUGAACUUCACAACACACUCAUUCGACCGGCUGCUCCUCGACUUGAUCAGCUAAACCUUGCUGGCAGCAUGAGAGCAGUACUAUGACUACGGCUUUUUUCAGAAAUACUGCAACCUGGAAUGCCAUGCCUAGCAUUUAAAGAUCGACAUAAGAUGUUUAUGCUGUCAUUCUUGCCAUCUAUCUGGACUUGCACAACAUUUUUGUUCCGAAGAACUUUGACAGAAUUAGCGAGCACAAUGGGAAAUGCUGUGAAAAUUCCAAGAGCCUCUGAGGAAACAAACGUGCCGAGCCAACCGGGUCAGGAGAGUGACUUCCUUGCUGUUCUCUAUGACUAUCCUUCAGCAGACAUAAGCCAACCUAUAUUUCAUGUAGGGGAAAAACUACGUGUGCUAUCAGAUGAAGGAGGCUGGUGGAGAGUCCAUUCCCUUACAACGGGUCGAGAAAACUAUAUUCCAGGAAAAUAUGUAGCAAAGGUUUAUCAUGGCUGGUUAUUUGAAGGGCUGGGAAGAGAAAAAGCAGAGGAACUUCUACAGCUACCCAACACCAAGGUUGGAUCCUUCAUGAUCAGAGAGAGUGAAACUAGGAAAGGGUUAUAUUCCUUGUCAGUGAGGCACAGGCAAGUGAAACAUUACAGGAUCUUCCGCCUUCCGAAUAACUGGUAUUACAUCUCUCCACGGCAAACCUUCCAGUGCCUUGAAGACCUUGUCAACCACUACUCAGAAGUUGCUGAUGGUCUCUGCUGUGUCCUUACAACACCUUGUCUUACCCAGUGCACUAACAACAACACUGUGACAAAUCCAGUUCCUCCUGUGGUGAUGCGGAAUAAAAAUUUCAACUGGAGAAACAUUCACAGGCUGGAGGUGACUGAAGAUGCCAAAAGCACCCUGGCAGCAAUGGAUGACUCUUGUCUCAGCUAUGGCCUGAGAGAAAGCAUUGCUUCCUACCUCUCCCUGACAGAGGAUGACAACGCUUCUUUUGCAAGUGCCAGAAAGAAGAAAUCCCAGUCUCUCAUAUACACAGGGAACAAACGUAAGAGUGCCCUUCACUUGCCACCUUCAUACUAUGAAGACUAACUAUAAGACAAACAGGAAAAAAACAAAAAACUGACAAAUUGGAAGAGAAACCAGAGCAUCCUGUGGCUCUGAAGUCCUUUGACAGCUGAGAAAUACAAUCAGCCCAGCUGGUGACCAAAUCCUGCAGUGCUUCUGCAUUUCCUCUUCUGAAUGUUAACCAGAGGCCUGCUCAAGGGUGCUAUCUCAGCCAUGGCAUAUGCUGGGAAUGUUCCCAGUGCACCAGAAAUGGCUCACAAGCAGGAUAAACUGAGAGAGACUCUCAGUCAAAAGCCAAGUGGCGAAGGUGACUCUUCAGCAGGGGCAAUGCCCAGCAUUGUACAAAGGUGACUGCACAGGGAAGGACAAACUACAGCUCAAGAACUUAAAUUAAGUCUUACUCUGGUAUUCUCCAUAAGGCUGAAAACCUUCUUUACAGAACCUAUCUACACUGAAAAAAGAAGCCUUUUUCUUCUCAAGAUAGACUUAUGCAUUGCCAUUGAGAAUGGGUCAGAAAGACAUCAAUAACCCCAAGAAAGUAUCUAACAUCUGGCAUUCAAGAAGCACCUGAUUAUAGUGACUCCAUAUUUACCUUUUAGGAGAAAAAAUUAAAGUCACAGACUUAACAAGUAGCAUUUAAUUAGGAGAAAAAAUUAAAGUCACAGACUUUACAAGUAGCACUUAAUUAAUCUGCUGGCAAUGGCCUGCAGUGUCAUAAAAUAGUAAUGAAAUGAAGAACAGGUUUAAUUCACUGAGAAAUGCAGUUCCUGCUUAUCCCUGAGUGGGGGUUCAGGCAUAUCCAAACAAUGUAACUCAGCUGCUCAUAGUAAAGCAGAUAAAACAGAGAAAAAAGGGGUGUUUAAGUGAAAAGUAAAAUGUGAUAAUAUUGUGUCUAACGGCAAAGGUUGGCUUGCAAAGGUGUGACCUUUUAUGUGUACAGGAAGAUAUUUUAACUUUGAAUUCUAAAGUCAGCCACAUAUUUAUGUAUAAUAUUUAUAUUAAUAGCAGCUUUUUAAAUAAUUAAACUAAGAUAAAAAAUCAGUAACAGUGGAUGUUAGAGAUUUUUCCUAAUUUCUUGUCUGAAGAGAGUUAUGUCAAAUAGUAAUUACACUUUCCAUCAAAUCACUUAAGGAUUAGAGGGUUUUCUGAAAUUUCAUUUAUUUUUUUUACAGGUGUGUACCCUUUUCUAAGUGACAAAAGAGCAGGUAGCAUGUUCCUUUGAACCUGCCUUGUGAUUGCUUUCUAAACUGAGCAAUCACUCAUGUCUGCUGCAACCUAUGUUCUCGAGCUGAGUUGGUUUCAAUCCAAUAGUCUCUUGUACCUUUUUGCACAGAUUUGGAUAAUGAAGGUUUGGAGAAAUAGAGAAUUGGAGAGAUUAUAUGAAAAUAUAUUUCACCUGUAAACACCUCUUAGGAAAAAUCUACCUGCUCUUUAGUUCUUGUAUCAAUCAGGUCAUUUGCACUAGCAAAAAAGGUUCAGAGAUCAAAAUAUUUCACGGCUUAUUUAAACAUAUUUCAGAACUUAAAGGGUGAGUAUAAUUUGGCCAGUAAACAUUGAACCUCCAAAAGCAAAAGAAACUCAGGAACUCUAGGCAUUUGUAUAAUCUAAUUACUGUUACUGAUUAUUCAUACAUUACAGUGACUGUAUUUUAUCCAUGAAAUGUAUAUGGGGAGCAUUACAGAUUUCUAAGUCAUGAUUUGUAUUUAUUCAUUAAAAUAAUAUUCAGUA